AUGCUUGGCACACGCGGAAGACGUCUUGCAGAGCUUGAUCAACCCGUCUUCAAGAACAUCACUCCAGAGCGGUGGUUAGCGUUCCGCAAGCUAUUCGAGAAUGGCAAGAACAUCCUCUGGAUCACAAGUGGUCGUCUUGGCGAUGAUCCCUGGUCCAAUAUGACCAUCGGCCGCUCUGCUGUCCACGAAGAGGCAGACAUGGGACUUCGGUUCUUGGAUGUUCCAGAUGCCAAGAAUGUUGACGCAGGCAGUAUCGCCGAGACACUGCUCAUCUUUGCAUCAAAAGAGUUUGGUGCGCAGAACAUCCUGCACACUUUCGAGCCGGAACUCGUCGCAGACGCCGAAGGCCGCCAACUUGUGCCGCGUCUCAAGGGCAUUGCCCCUGCUAACAACAGGUAUAACUCUGCUGGGAGAACGAUCAGCCAUGAAGUCGACCCAAGUCAGACAGUGGUGGAGCUGAAGCAGACCAGCGAGGAAGUCUCGGCAAGAGAGUUGUCGAGAUACGAGGUCGCUGAGAAGGUCCCCGGAAGCAAGAUCAUUGAGCUCAAGACCACUCUGUGCUCUCAGCGAUCAAAACGCCAGCAGGUCACCUUUUCGUUGCUCUCGGAACUGACAGCAAUGGUGCCGGCAGAAUCUGCUGUGCCCAUUGUGAUAAAAGAGCAGGAAAGUGCACUGCUUGCGCGCGUUGCGGCCGAGCUCGUAGCUAUCGCAGUAUUGGAUCCACUGUACCCAGGCCACAAGCUUGUGGUUUACGAAGCAUCGCAGAUCGUGGCUCAAGCCAUUGCGAGCCAAGCUUGGGCCAAAGGCGUCGACGUGAACUUUACAACAAACGCCACGGCAGAGUAUGUGCCAAGCUCCUGGAUCCAGCUCUCGCCUUACAUGGGGCGCUCUGAGCUCAGUGAAGUCGUGCCAUCAGAUAUUGCCAGCUUCAUCGGCUUCGGAGAUGCUCAAGACGAGAAUCAGCAGACGCUGCUGGCGACUGUGUCGCCACACUGCCGGAAGGAAACGACUGCUUCACUGUUUGCGCAGAACGGCGUUGGCUCGAUCGCUUCACUUGCUCCGACGCUCAAGUCUCACCUCGAAAGAGCCAUUGGCGGAAGCAAGAAGAUUGAGACUCAGAAGGACGACUAUCUGCCCGUGACCAUCGGUCUGCAAGACCUCGCCAAUGGAAAGCGUGCUGAAGAUCUCUUGACUUUGGUAGACUUCGCAUCAUCGACCUCAGUCCUCGCUCGUGUGGGCCGACUUGACAAUAAGCCUCUCUUUAAGGGCGACAAGACGUACUGGCUCGUCGGACUGUCAGGCGCGCUCGGUAUCUCACUGUGCGACUGGAUGAUCGUUCGUGGAGUCAAAAAUCUGGUCCUGACCAGCAGGAAUCCCAAGAUCGACCAACGCUGGAUCGAUGAUCAUGCUCGCAAUGGGGUUGUUGUCCAGAUCAUGCGCUGCGAUGUCACUGAUGAGACAGCCAUCAGAAACGUGCACCAGAAGAUUCUCAAUACCCUGCCACCCAUCAUUGUGCUGGGCAGUCUGCAUCUUGACCGCAUCUUCCACGACGUGGAUCUCGACUUCUUUGUUCUGCUCUCAUCGACCAACUGCGUGAUUGGCAAUGUCGGUCAAGCCAACUACGCGGCAGCGAAUAUGGGCAUGUGUGGCGUCGCCAUGAACCGCCAAAAGCGUGGUCUUCGCUCGAGCGUGGUCAACGUUGGUGCGAUUAUUGGUAUCGGCUAUAUCACCGACUCAGCUCGUCAGCUCGACGUGACGGUCGCCAAGGCACAUAUGAUGCACCUGUCCGAAGAAGACUUCCAUCAGAUCUUCCUGGAAGCAAUGGAGGCGGGACAUCAAGACUGCCCAGCUGGACUAGAAAUCUCCACAGGCCUGUUGGACAUCACGCCGGACUGUGACAUUCCACGUCUAGGGCGUAGUGAAGUCGCUGGACCUGCAAUUGACUCGCGAAGCAUAGCGGAUAGUGGCCAGGAGCGAGGUGUACGCACGUACAACUGUCGUACAAGCCAAGAUCAGCGUCGAGGUCCGGUCGUCAGAUCCACAGCGUAUAUGUAG